AAAAUACAAUAGACUGCCAAUCAUUCCUCGAUAGAGCUUUGAGUCAACAUCUUCUCCUGCUUCAUCACGUGCAAGUUUUAAGGCAGAACUCAUAGGCGUUCUGGAAAUCUUGUUGUCUUCAAGUCCAAAUAUUUUCACCAGACUGUGUGCGUAGGCGCUUUGAGAUAUGAAUACUCCUUUUUCUGAUUGAACAAUCUGUAAGACCAAGAAGUACUUCAGUUCACCGCACAUACUCAUCUCAAAUUUUUGCGUUAUGUUCUCCACAAAUUCAUCAACCAUUGUUUGAGACGUGCUCCCAAAGAUUAUAUCAUCCACAUAGAUUUGAACAAUGAUUAUGUCUUUCUCUUUCUCCAUGAAGAACAAGGUCUUGUCUACACUUUCCCUGAUGUAGCCGCCAUCCACAAGAAACCUGGUAUCUAAGAGAUCUCUAACUAUUCAUGGGAAUGACAGCUGCCUCGGCUCAUACCUGAAAAUCAGCCGCAGUAAUGCCUUGAAUCUUUGUAAACAAAUGGAAGAAGGGUUUGUAAUGAGUAGUACUUUUCGGAAGGUACAGUGAUUAUCUUGCCACCAAUUCAGUCUGUGCUCUUCUCAUGCCGCUGUGACAGCCAAGGCCGGGGAAAGCUUUGUUUGUAAGGGUUAUCAGCUGUUGGCGGCUCCUCUCUCUAUCGUUGGUGAUUGGUCUUAAUGUGAUUGUUUUCUUGUUGUCUACCAUUACCAGUGAUAGAAAACACUAAGAACUUGGGUUUAGUAAUUCUUUCGGGUGGAAAUUGUUGUUUCAAUUUGAGUUUUUGUGCUCUAGUUCCCUAUAUUUUCUUCUGUUUUCUUGCUUGUAUGUUGUAUUUCAAUUCAAUUUAUGAAAACCCUUUCUUCAAAAAAGAUACAGUGAUUAUGCUUGCUUGCUUGGAUCAAACUCAAGGCCAAAAUUUUAAAGGAGCUUUCCACUAUGUUAUUGUAUAAUCUCUCUCUAUAUGCUUAUUUUUUUCCUCAUUUUCAACUUUUGUCGAUUAAAGCCCAUAACCACCAAAUCAGAAUUAGUUAUUAGUAGGUUUCUAGAUGAUUUGUUGCUAACGACUAGUUAUGAUUUAUAUGAGAAUUGAUUCUUUUUUUGUUGCUAAAUGCUAACGAUGUCAUGCCACCAAUUGAUUUUUUUUUGUUCGCCACCAAUUGAUCUUAGUAUACCUUAUGGUAAGAUUCCAUAAAAUUUACAUGAAAUGCUUAACCAGCUACGGAUAGGAAGAUCGAUCAUUACUCAUUAGGCCAUCUUUAGUAAUUCAUGGGAACAACAGCUGCCUCGGCUCGUAUCUGAAAAUUCAGCCGCAGUAGUGCCUUGAAUCUGUGUAAACAAAUGGAAGAAGGGUUUGUAAAAUGAGUUUCCUUUCGGAAGAUACAUUGAUUAUGCUUGCUUGCUCGGAUCUUUAACUAUGUUAUUGCAUAAUCUCUCUCUAUAUGCUUAUUUGUUUCCUCAUUUUCAACUUUUUGUCGAUUAAAGCCCAUAACCACCAAGUCAGGAUUAGUUCCUCGGAUGAUUUGUUGCUAAUGAGUAACGAUUAGUUAUGAUUUAUAUAGCUAGGAAACAAGUAACUUCGUACCCGGACUUUCUAGCAAGAGAAUUGACACAAAAAUUUAAGCUACACAAAAUGUAAUUAAGAAAAGACUUAAAACUACUUCUAAACUGAAUAAAAUAAUAUGAGUCUGAUUAUAUCAAUCCAGGAUUCUCUUCAAUCAUCUAAAUCUUCCUUUCAGCUUCAUGUCUUCGUUUUUGUGUAUCACUACUAGUACCAUUAGUAGUUUUGCAAGCGUGUGAGUUGGUCUUAAGUUCUUAACACAAUAACACAUGAUCUGAGAUAGGAAAUGAGCCGGGUUAAUCACACACGCACCAGAAUUUUAUGCAGCUGGUCGUUGACUUGUACAAUUCCCGCGAGUGCAGCAACAGUAUUUUAUAAAUAUAAUUUGAGUUCAUUACCAUCUAAUCUCUCAACAACUAUCAUUAAUAUAUUAAUAAGAAGAUAAAUUAGUCUUGGUUAUAAGUUAGUGGCUUUUUCUUAUGUACAUUUUCUCAGAAAAUCAAGAAAAGCAAAAGGUUUUCUCUAUUCUUCUUCUUCCGAUGUAUCAAAUCUUCUUUUUCUUCUUUCUUACAACCUUCCACAGUUAUUACUAUGUCUCAGCUCAGCCUCCUGCUCCUCCGCUCAGUAACGGCGAUCUCGUCGCAAACUUCGAGCCGAGUUUAGCCAUCGUCACAGGAGUUCUCGCCAUCAUGUUCGCACUCACUUUCGUGCUCCUCGUCUACGCUAAGUGCUGCCACAUGGAUCUCCUAUCAGGUUCCGGCGACGGUAGGCGGCAAGAUCGUCUGAUCCGACAAGGGUUUUUCUUCAACCGGUCAACUAACUCCUCAGCUCGAUUCUCCGGUUUAGACAAGACAGCUAUCGAGUCACUUCCUAUGUUUAGAUUCUCAGCUUUGAAAGGAUCAAAACAAGGGCUUGAGUGUUCUGUUUGUUUGUCUAAAUUCGAAAGUGUUGAGAUUCUUAGGUUAUUGCCUAAAUGUCGUCACGCUUUCCACAUCGGAUGCAUCGAUCAGUGGCUUGAACAGCACGCAACGUGUCCUCUCUGCCGAAACAGAGUUUCAGUCGAAGAAGAAUCCUCUGUUUAUAUAAACAGUUUUCGGUUCUUGAAUGAGUCUGCGAGAAGAGAAGAUUCGAGUUUGGAGCUUUACAUCGAGAGAGAAGAAGAAGAGGAGAGAAGAAGAAGACAGAGAGAGGAAGUUGGUAGCUCAUCGAGAUUCAGCAUCGGAGGGAGUUUCAGGAAGAUUCUAAAACUAGGUCAUAAAGAAAAACCCUUGCUUGAGCAACAAGGAAACGAUAAAGACGAGAACAAAGUGAUGCAUAAGUUCAAUCACAGGAUAUUUGUAUCUGAUGUUGUGUUCAAGAAUCGUUGGAGCAACGUGAGUUCAUCGGAUUUGAUGUUUUUGAAUUCGGAGAUGGUUAGUUCGAUCUCCAGCGAGAGAUUCUCAUUUAGGAGAAGCAAUGAAGAGGAUCAAAGAGGUAACUUGCGGGUCGAGGAAGAUAUGGAGAGCAAGUUGAGUUCCAUGAAAACUAUGUUGUUGUCGGAAAGCAACGACUCUGGUUCGAAAUCAAGAAGUGUUAUGACCGAGACAGGAAGAAGAUCGGUCUCCGAGAUCACAACGGUUCCUAGACUCAGUAUUGCGGUUCAUGGCGAUUGCAGCGGUCCAACCGCAGCGACUGCGUCUGAGACGGAGGAGAGAAGACGGCGUUUGUGGCUGCCGAUCGCUAGAAAAACCGCUCAAUGGUUUGCUAACAGAGAAAAAAGAAAUCAAAUUAAUACAACAUUCCAACACUUUAAUGUUUAGUUUAUUUAUUUUCCUUCAUGAAUUGCAAUUUUUACAGGCUUGUUACAUUUAGUUUUGAUUAUGUUAUAUACAAAAAAAUAUUCUUACACAUGUUUGUUAGAUCCGAAGAUAAUUUGUGUAAAUAAGUAGGAUUUAUAUAUAAACAAAUUUACAUCUUAAAUUAUUAUAAAAUAAUAAUAAUUGUUAUUUUCAUCUCAUGGAACAAGUCAGCUAACCUGGUAAAUAAGCAGCCACGCUCAUUUAAAUUAU